CUUGCACUCUCCGAUCAACUGGACAGCCGAGCACCCAGCAAAAUGAAACUCUUGUUGUUCUGCGCCUUCGUAGCCGCCGUGGCCGCCGAUGUGAGCCAUCUGCCCUCCAGCCAGUACCUGCCUCCUCGCCAUGGAGCCGCCUCCGCCCCGGUGGCCUCCUACUCCGCUCCUGCGGCCAGCUACAGCGUAGAGGCCUCGGCCCCGGUUGCCUCCUACUCCGCCCCCGCUGAGUCCAGCUACUCGGCUGCUGCCUCGGCUCCGGCCGUCUCUUAUGCCGCCCCAGCUGCCUCUUACUCUGCUCCGGCUGCCACCUACUCGGCUGCUGCCUCGACUCCAGCUGUGUCCUAUGCUGCCCCAGCUGCCUCCUACUCGGCUCCUGCUCAGACAUACACCGCUGCCGCUUCCGCCCCAGCUGUGUCUUAUGCUGCUCCUGCCCAGAGCUACUCCGCUCCAGCUCAGACCUACACUGCUGCUGCCUCCGCCCCAGCUGUGUCCUAUGCUGCUCCUGCUGCCUCCUACUCCGCCCCAGCUCUGUCCUCCUACUCCGCCCCAGCUGCUUCGUACUCCGCCCCCGCUGAGAGCUACGAGACCGCCGCCUCUGAGCCCGCCCACACCUUCUCGGCCAACGAUGGAUACCGCUACAAGACCCAGCGUCGCGUGGUGCUCCGCCGUCACCGUCGUGGUGCCCCCUCCAACGACUACCUGCCCCCCUUCCAGGGUGCUGCCUCCGCCCCGACCAGUGAGUACCUGCCCCCAGCAGCCUCUGCUCCCGCUCCAGUGUACUCCGCCCCUGCCCAGAGCUACUCCGCUCCUGCCCAGACCUACACCGCUGCUGCCUCUGCUCCAGCUGUGUCUUAUGCUGCUCCUGCUGCCUCCUACUCCGCCCCUGCUGCCUCCUACUCCGCCCCCGCUGAGAGCUACGAGACCGCUGCCUCCGAGCCCGCUCACUCCUUCUCCUCCAACGAUGGAUACCGCUACAGGACCCAGAAGCGCGUGGUCCUGCGCCGUCAUCGCCGUGAUGUGAGCCACCUGCCCUCCAACGACUACCUGCCCCCAGCAGCCUCUGCCCCGGCUCCAGUCUACUCCGCUCCUGCCCAGAGCUAUUCCGCUCCCGCUGCCACCUACACCGCUGCUGCCUCCGCUCCAGCUGUGUCCUAUGCCGCUCCCGCUCAGAGCUACUCCGCUCCUGCCCAGACCUACACCGCUGCUGCCUCCGCCCCAGCUGUGUCCUACUCGGCACCCGCCCAGAGCUACUCCGCUCCUGCCCAGAGCUACUCGGCCCCCGAAUACUACUCCGGAGCCGCUUCCGCCCCAGCUGCCUCCUACUCCGCCCCAGCUGCUUCGUACUCCGCCCCAGCUGAGAACUACGAGACCGCCGCCUCCGAGCCCGCCCACUCCUUCUCCUCCAACGAUGGAUACCGCUACAAGACCCAGCGUCGCGUGGUCCUCCGCCGUCACCGCUACUAGAGGCUCAUAGUCAGCGCACCCAAGAAAAACCAAGCCAAAUCCUGUUUAUUUGACUCUGGGUUUUUCGGUCUUGACGACCGAAGUUGUUUGGGAACGAAAUUGAGAAAGUCAUAAUUAAUAAAAAUAUUGAAAAAUAA